AUGAUGGCAACUGCACAGUAUCUUUUGGUUUUCUUCUGUAUGCUUGGCCCUGCUUUUGCACUCUACAGGCAAUGGAUUCCAGACACCAACUUUGAAAAUGCAACAAACUGGGACAAAGGUUCAGUGCCCUGUGGUAGUGACCAGGUGGUGUUUCCAGCUCAUGGGAAAGUAGCUGUGUACGUGCAGGAGGCUCAUACACUUUCUGGAAUGGGUCUGCCAGUGGAUGGAGAGUUUAUCCUGGCCUCUGGAGCUGGUUUUUCUAUCUCACAAGGUCAAGAUCCAGGCUGCGGUGAUGGUGGCACCACCCAAUUUAGAGAUUCUGAUUCUCUGAAGUGGUUUAAUCCUGUUCUGUGGAAGGCUGCUUCCUCACUAGAUGACCUCCACAAUGGUCCAUAUCUUUUCUCUGUUCAUGAAGAGAGUGUUCCUUGCCAGUAUGAUGAUGUAGUAUUCCGGGACGGCUCAUCUUUCCGUGUGGACAUUUCAUCACAUGAGGAGAGCAUUUCUGUAAAGAGUGUGUCUGUACUGGGGAAGAAGUUUAGUAGCAACUCUGAAUUUUCUCAGUACGCCAGUUCUCCUUUGGGGAAGCUGCAGUUUCAUGGAUCUUCAACACUCAGAGUCGGUGGAUCACCCUGCGGUGAUAUCACUGGAUGUGAGUGUGGCAAUUCAGGUAACCGUCACCUAAUUUGUGCCACUGUCAAUUGUUUACACCUGGACUGCAAGAAACCAUUAACUCCAGUAGGACAUUGCUGUGAUGUAUGUGGUGCAAUCAUGACCAUCCAUUUCUCUAACGGCUUCAGCCUUGAAUCCUAUCGCCAGCGCCUGCAGCACCUCUUUCUCGGUCUUCCUAAAUAUAAAUCCAUCCAGAUGGCUUUAUCAAAGGUGUCAGUAACUCAACGAUUGCUGGGAGUCAUUCCAUAUUAUGUCACUCACAAGAUCCAGGUGGUUCUUCUGGACCAAAACACAGGUUCACAAUCUGGGAAACUGGCAGAGGCUCUUGCUUGGGACAUAUUGGGGGACAUAAAUGCACAAGGCUCUCACAUGGGCAUAGACAGUGCAGAGUUUCAUGCUUCUUCAGGGGCAAGUAGUGAUAAGUCUGGUAUGGGUGCAGGAGAGGUGGCUGGGAUCAUCCUGGGCACUCUGGCUUUGCUUGCUUUCCUGGUUCUUUUUGUGGUUCUCUAUCGUCGAGGCACCCUGCAAAUGCCAACCUUGCCCUCACUGAGCAGCUGGAGGAAAGGUAGUGAGGUCGGGGAACUAGGUGGGCCCAUAGACCACGGUUUUGACAACCCAAUGUUUGAGAAGACAAGCACAUUGCCAGAAAUUCCUGGGCUGUAUGGAUCAGAUAAUCUGAACAAUAUUACCUUAACACACUCAGGUGUGCAUUUUGUAAAUCCUGUGUAUGAUGAAACUGACUUCACUGCAUGA